GCCCCUCAGCACCACAUGGUCCAGCCGGGGCUCUGCAUCAGUUGGCUGUAAGCAGUGGACUGUGGGAGUCCAAUAAAGACAGCUCCCUGUUCCAUUAUCGUCCACUCAGCUGGCUGCAGCCUUGGUUGUGUGUCGGUAAUAAACCCAGGUGAAGGCUGCUUUUGGUUUUACAGUCUCCCCCAACCCCAAUCUGCAAACGGGACUCUGCUGCUAGCCUGCGUUAGCUUAAACAAAAUGAACGGCCACCUGAACGGCUUUUACAGCGACUCUCUCCAUGAUGAAGACUGCUUCCUCUUCACCUCUGAGUCAGUCGGAGAAGGUCACCCUGAUAAGAUUUGUGACCAGAUUAGUGAUGCCGUGCUGGACGCUCACCUGAGACAAGACCCUGACGCCAAAGUAGCAUGUGAGACUGUAGCUAAGACGGGGAUGAUCCUGCUUGCGGGGGAGAUCACCUCCAGAGCCACUGUUGACUAUCAGAAGGUCGUCAGGGAGACGAUCAAAGACAUCGGCUAUGACGACUCCUCCAAAGGUUUUGACCAUAAGACUUGCAAUGUGUUGGUGGCUUUGGAGCAGCAGUCUCCUGACAUUGCUCAGGGCGUUUAUCUCGACCGUAAAGAAGAGGACGUUGGAGCCGGCGAUCAGGGUCUCAUGUUUGGUUAUGCCACGGAUGAGACGGAGGAGUGCAUGCCGCUCACCAUCGUCUUGGCUCACAAGCUCAACGCCAAGAUGGCCGAGUUGCGUCGGGAUGGAACGCUGCCGUGGGUCCGACCCGACUCUAAAACUCAGGUGACCGUUCAGUACCGACAGGACCGAGGAGCCGUGGUGCCGCUGCGUGUCCACACCAUCGUGAUCUCUGUGCAGCACGACGAGUGUGUGAGUUUGGAGGAGAUGCGUCACAGCCUGAAGGAACAGGUGGUGAAAGCCGUGGUCCCGUCUGGUUACCUGGACGACGACACCGUCUACCACCUGCAGCCCAGCGGCCGUUUUGUCAUUGGAGGUCCACAGAGUGAUGCGGGUUUGACUGGACGUAAGAUCAUAGUGGACACCUAUGGUGGGUGGGGAGCCCAUGGAGGUGGAGCGUUUUCUGGAAAGGACUACACAAAGGUCGAUCGCUCCGCGGCGUACGCCGCUCGCUGGGUGGCCAAAUCUCUGGUUAAAGCUGGACUCUGCAGACGCGUCUUGGUCCAAGUUUCCUAUGCUAUUGGAGUUUCCCAUCCUCUGUCUGUCUCCAUCUUCCAUUACGGGACCUCUCAGAAGAGUGAGAGAGAGCUGCUGGACAUCGUGAGAAAGAACUUUGACCUCCGCCCAGGGGUCAUUGUGAGGGACCUCGAUCUGAAGAAGCCCAUCUACCAGCGCACGGCUUCCUACGGUCACUUUGGUCGUGAUUUGUUCUCAUGGGAGAUUCCCAAGAAGCUGAAAUACUGAGGCACUCUGGUCCCCGUCUCACACACACACACACAUCGUCCUGCAGAUAAACCUCUUACCAUCCUCUCCUCCUCUUCUUUGCUUUGUUUUACUUGUACAUCAGAAAACCAUCCAAUUAGGUUUUGUCAAACUGUUGGAAAAGUUACAAUUAUUUCACCUGCUGCACUGUAAUUUUUACCUAUUUAGUAUUAAAAAUUAAGAUUUUUUUUAAAGACGGGUUUCGAAGGAACCUUUAACCUACAUCUUGUUGCAGUACAGAUGAAGAAAUGAGCCAGUUUGUGCUCUUUGGUGUUCAAAAGGUCAUGUUACAACUUUGUUACAAAUGAAAAUCAGACUGCUUUAUUUAUGUAGUUGUGUGCAGCCUCUUCAUGCCAUUGUUGUUUUUCUUCUGACGUUUUACAGAGAAGUCAGAAUCUGCUGAUGGUUUUGUGGUUAAUGUUGGGCUGCACAGUGGUUUCUGUAUUAUGUAGGUAUUUAUUUUCUAUCCUUAAAUCUCUUUAGGAUUUUUCAAACUUUGUUCACAAUGUUGACUAAGAUAAAGGCACAAAGAUCACCUUAUUCCUGAAGGCAAACACUCCAUUGUUGCAUCGGCUCAGUGCUCAGAUUAUUUUAUGUGACGUUUGUUGCAAUGUGAGACCCAGUUGGUGUACUGAAUUGAAUGUAUUCCUCUUCCUUUUCGACAGUCGGUGUUCGGGCGUACCAAAAGUGGAACAGGCUUGGCUUUGAAUGUUUGAGCUUCCAGCUUUAAAUAAAAUCUAAUCUCCUCUGCUGGAUUUUUCCAGAUAGCCCCUCUCGUCCACCUGCUUCACCCAGAUAUCAGCUGAAUACCUGGCUAGUUGUCUUUCUCUGUAACUUUUGACCUUGAAAUAUAAAUCACCAGGAUAUGUAUUAUAUCCUAGUGCUGUCAGUCCACAGCUUUCAUCUAGGUGGCGCUGUUUCUCUAAAAACUACCGAAGCUAAGAUUUGCCUUUGGCGUCUUCAGCUCAGUACUGUGGUUGUUUAGUAUUUUUAAACAGGAAACCCUGAUUAUAACUGCUGCCAAAAUAAUAAAACACCAAAACAUAACCUAAACACCUGCUUUAGUUCGUGGUAAUUUAUACCUUUCUGCCGCUCUUCUCUUUUUUUAAAAUUAAAUGUAUUUAACAGACGAUAUCCGAAGAUGGCUUGGUUCCUACUAAUCAUUAUCUGAUUGUUUAACAGACGUGCCUCAGCCAGUCCAACUUUAACUUGAGAGCGACUGCUGGUGUGUUGAGGAAUCUUCUGUCAGCCAUCUUGCUGGUGGCGUGCAGCAGCUGGAUUGGGAGGGGCAGCUGGAGAAACUAUAAACUUUAAGAUGAGGUUUUUAAUCGAUAUAUCUUGAUACCGUAACGCCACAUAGAGAUUUAGAUCGCUCACUGUCUGUCCACUUAUCUGGUGGUUUUACUUGACUAUUUAUUUCACGGCAUGUCUGCUUUCUCAAACUCAUCCACGACUCAGACAAAUAAUUGGUUGGUGUUGUACAGAGAAACCAGCCUGUUUACAUCGUCUGCAGCUGGGAGUUUAAAAAGCCGUUCCCCUUCUUUUUGUUAAAUUCAGUGUUUUGUGUAUUAAGUGCCUUUUCUCAUUUGCCGCGAAUGAACCUAAAAUGAAUUUGUUACCUUCAUGUCUCUCUUCUCCUGUCUGGAUUUUCCUCAAAUAAAAAUUCACAUGUCUGA